AUGAACCAGAGGUGUCAGUGGAGGGGUUCGAUGGGAACUGGUACCUGGACCGUCAGAACGUUGAGCUCACAUGUCUGGCCGACGCCAACCCACCUGUCUCUCUGUUCCAGUGGAGAAUGUUGAAUGGUUCCAUACCGAACAGCGUAGAGAUCCGUGACAAUGUCCUGUUAUUUAAAGGACCAAUCAGAUACGAGGUGGGAGGGACUUAUGUCUGCGACGCGACCAAUAGCAUUGGGACAAGCUCCGCCUUCGUGGAGGUCAGCAUCACAGAUGAGCCACUGCCCCAGGUGGGAACGGGUGAUGUCAUCAGUGUUCUGGGCGUACUAUUUGCUGUGGGGCUGAUUCUGGGCGUAGCGAUCACUGUGCUGCUUCUUAACAGGAGAAAACAGAGGAGAGAGAUGGAUGCUGACUCGACAGACUCUGCUCCUUCCCUUAAACUGGCUUCUCCUCCUGCCAGAAAAAAACCUGGUGAUGAGAUCCAGCGGUCAGGGAGGGUGUAUGAGGACCUCCCCAACACAGCGGACUACGUCAGCUACCGCCUGGCCUGCAACAAGGACGACUACCCGGAACCCUACUCUCCACCUAUCAACCCUCCCCUCUCCUUCCUCCCCGACUCUCCACCUAUCAACUCUCCCCUCUCCUUCCUCUCCCAGCACCCCUACACCCACUCCAACAAUAUCUUCUCCCCCGCCUCCCAUCCCUCCCCUGUCUUCAGAUAUCCUUCCCUCCCCUCCCUAUCCCCCCCUCCCGGCCUCGCACCCUACACCUUCCCUAAAGAACAGUAUGUGUGACCUCAAACUCCUGACCUGUAACCCCUGACCUGUAACCCCUGACAUGUAACCCCUGACCUAUA